AUGCUUGAUAAGGGAGCACAAGUGCUCCACGACAUCCACAAGUAUGGCUUUGUGGCCUCAAUCCAUCCUAUUUUCCAAGGCAUAGAUCUGCUCCUUUCGACAGUAAUACUCCAACUUCACGAGGCCAUACCCAUUUCCCAGAGGCUUCACCAUCUUCCCAAUAAUGAUAUCUACAUCCUUCGAGAACGAAAGGAAACCCCCUUCGUAGCGCCCCUCCUUAAGCCUCUGAAAAGCGCUGUAUUCGCUCAUCUUAUCGCCCCAUCAUCUUCAUCUUCAUCCUCCUCCUCUUCUUCCUCUUCUUCUUCCACUUCAACCGAGGCUGCCAUGAAAGUACAUAGCUCGCGGUUCAACUGGAGCAAUAUGAAUAAGGCCAUGUCCGAACCUUGUUUUGUGACCCUGACUCGCAAUUGCCUCGACAGGCCCAUGAAAAGCCCGUCAGAGACACCGGCCCAAAAGCGAGGCCCCCAGAUGUCACCGCAGUGA